AUGGACAAAAUCACCGACAAGAUCGCGGCUCUGCCGCCCGACGCCAGCUACUUCUCGCUCGAGUUUUUCCCCCCGAAGACGGCCAUGGGCUUUGCCAACCUGCGAUCGCGUCUUGAACGCAUGGCACGCGCCCUCAAACCCACCUUCGUCAACGUCACCUGGGGCGCCGGCGGCUCCACCGAAGACAAGUCCCUCGAGCUCGCCGAGAUCUGCCAGCGCGAGCUGGGCCUGACGACAUGCCUGCACCUGACUUGCACCAACAUGAGCCGCCGCCAGAUCGACAAGGCUCUCGAGGAUGCCAAGGCACUGGGCAUCAGGAACAUACUGGCGCUGCGAGGUGACCCCCCGCGCAGGGCCGAGUACAAGGACGAGAACGAAGAGGCGGACCUGGACGGGUCUGAGGAGUUCAACUGGGCGGCAGACCUGGUCAAGUACAUACGGCGAAAUCAUGGCGAUUACUUCUGCAUCGGUGUGGCUGCGUACCCUGAGGGGCAUGCGGACGAGAGCCAUCCCCUGGGCCAGAGCAUGGACCACGACCUACCCUACCUCGUGGAGAAGGCUCAGGCCGGGGCAGAUUUUAUUAUGACGCAACUCUUCUUCGACAUCAAGGCCUACGACGACUUCGAGAGGACACUGCGAGAGCAUCCCAGCGGCGCGUUCAAGAACAUCAUCAUCAUCCCUGGCCUGAUGCCCAUUCAGAACUAUCAGAUGAUCAAGCGGACGACAAAGCUGAGCCAUGCCAGGAUACCAGAGGAUUUGAUGGCGCGGCUGGACGAGGUGAGGAAGGACGACGAGAAAGUCAAGCAGGUCGGUGUCGACAUUCUCAGCGAGCUGGUUGAGCAGGUCCGCGAGAUCAAGAGCAGGACGCCAGGACCCAAGGGGUUCCAUUUCUACACCCUAAACCUGGAGAAGGCCGUCUCCUUCAUACUCGAGCGCACAGGCCUGCUACCGGCUGACUCUGACGACGACGAGGAGGCCGUGGCUGACGAUCUUGGUCUCCCUCUUGCGGCCCCCAGGAUUGCCAUCAACGGGUCCGUCUCCAGGCCAUCGUCCCGCAGACAGUCACACGUAUCUUCUGAGCCCCGAAACCGCGUCAUCGUCUCUGGUCAGCGCACGCCUUCCAACCCAGAAUACGAGGCCACGCAACUGGAGGCGUCCCGGCCCUACGAACCCGUUCAGAGCCGGGCUAACACGCUGGCUAUCUCGGAAGGAGAGGGUGUGCUAGGCCGUGAGGCUACGUGGGACGACUUCCCCAACGGUCGAUGGGGAGAUGCACGCUCACCUGCCUACGGCGAGAUCGACGGGUACGGUGUGAGCCUGCACAUGAGUGUCAUGCAGGCCAAGACGCUGUGGGGCGAGCCCAAGACGCCCGAGGAUAUAAGCAGCUUGUUCAUCCGACAUCUGAAGAGCGAGCUGUCGGCCAUCCCAUGGAGCGAGGAAGAAUUCAACGCCGAAACGGGGACGAUCAAGGAUCAGCUGCUCACCCUCAACUCGCGUGGAUGGUGGACCGUAGCUUCCCAGCCCGCCGUGAACGGCCUGCGUUCCAGUGAUCCGACGUUUGGCUGGGGCCCAGCAAACGGGUUUGUCUUCCAGAAGGCCUUUGUCGAGUUCUUCAUACCGACCGACGACUGGAAGCGCCUGCACGAGAAACUCUGCCAGCCCGAGAUGAAGGACAAUGUGUGGUUCUACGCGGCUAACGCCGAAGGCGACUUUGUCUCCUCUGACGGCAGCGGUGGGCUCAAUGUCGAGGUUAAGGAGGCCAGCACCAAUGCUGUGACGUGGGGCGUGUUCCCCGGCAAGGAGAUCAUCACGCCAACCAUCAUCGAGGAGGUCAGCUUCCGCGCAUGGGCGGAGGAGGCCUUUGGCAUCUGGGGCGAGUGGGCGCAGGUGUACGGCAAGGGUUCCGACAGCACAGCGCUGCUGGAGCAGUUGAAGGGCAAGCUGUGGUUGGUCAACAUCAUCCAUCACGAGUAUGUGGACAAGGAUGCACUGUGGGAUUUCUUGAAGAGCGCAUAG